AUGUGCCUUCUGGUUGCUGUUUUCUUACCAAUAUUCUGUUCUGGAAUAAAGUACCUACUGGAAGACCAACAAGUUUCUUGAGACUUGUCUGUACCCUGAUUGAGAAUUAUUCUGUUAGAUGUGGGCAGGAUUAGUUGGAGAGAUCAGAAGUGGAGGCUGGUGAUAUCAGCUAUAAUGUGGUCAUGUUAACAAAAUUUGUUAAUGGACAUAAAAUUCAAAUGAAACAAGUGUGAAAUGAUGAUGUUCUUAAUGAAGAUAAAAGUUUUAAUAUUUGGAUAUUUGCAUUUAAAAAUGCACAGGAAUGAAGUGCUAUACUCUCCCAGUCCUACCAACAUUUAUAUUAUUUAAUAAUGUUCAGAAUUUUAAAGUUUAUUUGAUAAUUCUUUUAAAAUAGGAACCAAAUUUUCUGCUUUUUAAAAUUAUUCCCAUUACUUGUGUUUGAGGUAUGAAUGAGACAGGAAAGAAACAGUUCAUAUUGUGUAGAUGUCUUAUAUUCCUUUCAUCUAUUCUAAGCAACUGCUAUGAGCCAUUCUGAAGUAUCCAUGUGUUGAUUUCUUAUGGCUGCUAUAACAAAUUACCACAAACUCAGUUGCUUAAAAUAACAGAACUUUAUUCUCUCACAGUUAAGGAGACCAAAAGUCUGAAAUUAUUAUCACUGCGCUGAAAUUAAGGUGUUGGCAGGGUUCUGUGCCCUCUGGAGGUUCUAAGGAAGACUGUGUUCCUUGCUUCUUCCAGCUUCUAGUGGCUGCCAAUGUUGAUUGGUUUGUGGCUGCAUCAGUCCAAUCUCUGCCUCUGUGGUCAGAUUACCUUCUCUUCUUCUGUCUGUGUCAAAUCUCCUCUGCCUUCUUAUAAGAUGGACCACACAUCCCCGACCUACAUGCUUGCUAACUUAACCCACUUACAUUCUGAACAACUUCUACAGGGCCUGAAUCUUCUUCGUCAACAUCACGAACUCUGUGACAUCAUUCUUCGAGUAGGUGAUGUUAAAAUCCAUGCUCACAAAGUGGUACUUGCCAGCAUUAGCCCAUAUUUCAAAGCUAUGUUUACUGGAAACCUUUCUGAAAAAGAGAACAGUGAGGUUGAGUUUCAGUGCAUUGAUGAAACUGCUCUCCAGGCCAUUGUGGAAUAUGCCUAUACAGGGACUGUUUUUAUUUCACAGGACACAGUUGAAUCUCUCCUUCCAGCAGCAAACCUACUACAGGUAAAACUUGUCCUUAAAGAAUGUUGUGCAUUUCUUGAAAGCCAACUUGAUCCUGGUAAUUGUAUUGGAAUUUCUCGCUUUGCAGAGACAUACGGUUGUCAUGACCUUUAUUUGGCAGCCACUAAAUACGUAUGCCAGAAUUUUGAAGCAGUUUGCCAGACUGAAGAGUUUUUUGAGCUUACGCAUGCUGAUUUGGAUGAAAUUGUUUCCAAUGACUGUUUGAAUGUAGCUACUGAAGAGACUGUUUUUUAUGCACUUGAGUCUUGGAUCAAGUAUGACGUCCAAGAACGCCAGAAAUACUUAGCACAGCUACUUAACAGUGUACGAUUACCAUUGCUGAGUGUUAAGUUUCUCACUAGAUUAUAUGAAGCAAAUCAUCUUAUUCGUGAUGAUCGCACUUGUAAACAUCUUUUGAAUGAAGCUCUGAAGUACCACUUUAUGCCUGAACACAGACUCUCUCAUCAGACAGUCUUGAUGACACGACCUCGCUGUGCUCCCAAAGUACUUUGUGCAGUAGGAGGAAAAUCUGGACUGUUUGCCUGUUUGGAUAGUGUGGAGAUGUACUUUCCUCAGAAUGACUCUUGGAUUGGUUUGGCACCCCUAAACAUUCCUCGCUAUGAAUUUGGAAUAUGCGUUUUAGACCAAAAAGUGUACGUUAUAGGUGGUAUUGAAACUAAUGUGCGUCCUGGCAUCACUAUCAGAAAACAUGAAAAUUCAGUCGAAUGCUGGAAUCCUGAUACAAAUACCUGGACUUCUCUUGAGAGAAUGAAUGAGAGCCGAAGUACCCUUGGAGUAGUGGUACUUGCAGGAGAACUUUAUGCUUUAGGUGGUUAUGAUGGACAAUCUUAUUUACAAUCUGUAGAGAAGUAUAUUCCCAAAGUAAGAAAGUGGCAACCUGUGGCACCAAUGACUACAACAAGAAGUUGUUUUGCCGCAGCUGUGUUGGAUGGAAUGAUAUAUGCCAUUGGUGGGUAUGGUCCUGCCCACAUGAACAGUGUGGAGCGUUAUGAUCCAAGUAAAGACUCCUGGGAGAUGGUUGCAUCUAUGGCAGAUAAAAGGAUUCACUUUGGUGUGGGUGUCAUGCUAGGUUUUAUUUUUGUGGUGGGUGGACAUAAUGGUGUUUCACAUUUGUCAAGCAUUGAAAGAUAUGACCCUCAUCAAAAUCAGUGGACUGUGUGUAGACCAAUGAAAGAACCCAGAACAGGAGUUGGUGCUGCAGUAAUUGAUAACUACCUUUAUGUAGUGGGUGGUCACUCAGGGUCUUCCUAUCUGAAUACCGUGCAGAAAUAUGACCCUAUCUCAGAUACAUGGCUGGAUUCAGCUGGCAUGAUAUACUGUCGCUGCAAUUUUGGAUUAACUGCACUUUGACGAGUGUGGACUUGUGGAAAUAGCGUAGUGAUGAACCUUGUGCUGCAUGAAAGGAUGCCCAGUUUUCUGAAGCCCAAAAGCUACAUUGCUUUCUUUUUAACUUGAAAUGGCAUGAAGACUCAAAGUUUUGUUGGGUACUUUGAACUGACAAGUAGCUUUGGUUGCUCUUGAUUAUACAGUGAAUCAAUAAUCCAA